GAGGUACAACUAUGAAAGCAUGAAAACAACUCGUUCAUCCGCUUCCUUUUCUCCGCCCGACAUCCUCGAAAGCAGCGUUGCAUCCGGCGUUGCUCCGUCCGACAUCCUCGAAAGCAGCGUUGCUCCACGUCACCAUUAUGAACGAUUGCCUAUGAUAACUCGUUCGAUGUCCAAGAGGAUGAACAAGCAACAGUAUCUCCCUAUCAGAGAGCCUAGGUUAACAUACAAAGGUUCUACGAAAAUUCGAGAUAUGUUGCAGAAGCAACACGAGAAAGUGAUGGCUUACAUCAAGAGUGACAGACCCGACAGACCCCCCCCGGCUACCUUAUCCGGGUACCUCCCGAUAUCAAGCUUGUGCCAAUUAAAUUUUUGAAACUCACUAGGGAGGCUCAGACUGAAGCCCUCGACAAACUUGGGGUGGUUUGGAGUGACCGUCGUCCGUUAACAUACAAAGAGCAUUUUAAGAAACCAGAGGAGGAGUAUGCUCGGAGUGAAAUUAUGGCAACUGCGUUGAAGACAGUAGCCCUAACUAUUAAGCUAGAACUACCAGACUUCGUUAACCUCUUCUCCGUCAGCCGUAGGGUUUAUAAUGCUUUCUUAAGCGCCUUACCUCUCUGGCAGACUCUCGUUCUUUCUGAGGUAAAUAAUGCUGGUGAUCGUCUUCUAUCGGCUCUUUCACUGACUAGAUUUCACAAUGUGAAGCAUAUAUAUCUUGCAAGUGCACAAGGCAUUGAAGACAAGCAUCUCAAGCUUCUUAAAACCGAGAAAAAUGCUGUGGGCUCCCUCGAGAACCUAGAGUCUUUAAACCUAGAUUGCUGCGGAAAUAUAUCUAACAGGGGGGUUCAAGAUGUACUAAGUACCUGCCCUAAACUUAAGAAUUUCUCCAUUAGAAAUAAUUUCAGGGUGACUGAUUUUUUCGUCAAAUCUUUGGUGAAGAACUGUAAAUGUCUCACUGACCUAAACUUGAGUGGCUGUAAGAAUAUCACUGAUAAUAGUUUACUUACAAUUAGAAAUGCUCGUCUUGGGUUGGAAUCUCUAGACAUCGCCGGGUGUGAACGAGUUACUGAUGCCGGGGUCAUAGCUAUUGCUGAAGGGUGCCGAAGCCUUAAAUUUCUGAGCUUGUCUGGAAUCCCUGGAGUCACCAAUAAAUGCCUGGAGACCCUCUCUGAGUUGUGCUCAAACACAUUGACAACUCUUGAUGUAGAUGGUUGCAGUGGAAUAGAGAUUGGGAGCCGAGAGCAAUUGCUUCAGUUAUUUCCAAACUUGGAGGGAGGAUUACCAUGAUAAUUUGUGGAGCUUACUAACAUUAUAAGGGGAUCCAGUGUGAUUAGUGUUCUUUUGAAUGCACAGUUUUCAUCGGAUGCACAGUUUUCUUGAAUGCACAGUUUUCCUUGAAUGCACAGUUUUCAUUGAAUGCACAGUUUUCAUUGAAUGCACAGUUAUUUCCAAUUUCUUUAGUUCUUUAGUUAUUUGGAAAAGAUAUUGUGAGUAGUGUUCUUUUGAAUGCACAAUUUUCAUUGAAUUCUAUAUACACAUGAAGUGGAACUGCUGUUUCCUUCAUCAUUAGCAUCUUUUUCUUUGCUGGAAUUUUCAUUGUGUUAGCAAUUGCUUAUUUUUAAACUAUAAGUCGUAUAUUCAAUAGUAAAUUCAUUUGACAUACCUGGACUGAGGGUGAUGAGACUCAUAUGACCUUUUAAAGGGGAGAAUAGUAAGCCUGAAGUGUCAAUUGACUUCCCUUGUCUAAAGUGUCAGAUCCUUCAAUUGCAAGUGCUGUAACUGAUGUUUCCAAGCUAGAUUGUCAUUCCAUUGGGUCAUAAGAUACAAGCAGCAUUUUCCUCUGAUUUACAUUUUGUUCGUUGAAGUCACUGCGUAGUAGCAUGAUGUAAACUUUGCCAUAAAAUUCAGCUUGUAUAGGCUCGAUGUCAUACACAUUACCCUGUUUUAUUAUGGUCUAGUUACUUAGAUAUUCAAUCAAUAUAAGUAGUAACCUAAU